AUGGGAUUGUUACAGUACGAGGCGACCAAAUGGGCUCAAGGGCAUGUUACCUCAAUUCUCUAUGAAAAUUCGAGCCCUGAGGAAGACGUUGACAUAAUGGAGGCCACUGAAGAAGGGCACCCUCUUGAUGAGUUGGACCCCCAAAUUAUCGAGUCUGAAUCGAAUGCGACUCCGAUGGAAGAGCUGGAAACUUUUCCUAUCAAUCUUGAAGACCCCAUUCAGAUCUUGCGGGUAGGGAAAGCACUACCCCCCAGGAUGAAAGAAGAAAUGAUGAACUUCCUGAAAAAAACCUGGAUGUCUUCGCCUGGAAGCACGAAGAUAUGGGAAUCUAUCUACCCAAAGUGGAUAUCCAACCCGGUCCUCGUAAAGAAACCCAUCGAGAAAUGGAAGGUAUGUGUAGACUUCACAAAUCUGAACAAGGCAUGUCCUAAGGACAGCUUCCCUCUCCCAAGCAUAGACCAACUGAUGGACUCCACUGCUGGGCAUGAGCUCUUGAGCUUCAUGGAAGUAUACUUAAGGUACAACCAAAUACCCAUGUUCCGACCUGAUGAGGAAUCCAUAUCGUUCAUCACUGAUAGAGGAUUGUACUACUAUAAGUGCACCUUUGGGGUAGCUUCGGAUCAGUUUCUAGGAUAUAUUGUGAACCAAAGAGGAAUCAAAGCAAAUUUGAAAAAGAUAAGGGCCCUACUGGAAAUGAGGGCCACUGACAAAAGCCUACCCUUCUUCAAAGUCUUAAAACAAGGAAAGAAAUUUCAAUGGAUAAGCAAAUGCGAGGAAGCCUUCCAGGGGCUGAAAAAACACUUGGGAGAGGUACCCUUACUAUCCAAGCCUCAACUACGAGAGCCACUGCUGCUGUACUUAGUAGUCUCAAACGAGGCUAUCAGUGCAGUCAUUGUCAAGGAGGAAAACAUGCAUCAACUAUCGGUGUAUUAUAUUAGCAAGACACUGCUACCAACAGAAGCGAGCAACCCAGAUAUGGAGAAACUUAGCGCCAUAAGGGGCCAAACCCUCGCAGAUUUUGUGGCAGAGUUUGCCAAAGCCCCAGAAAUGGAAGCGACAAUAGAACCAGUCGAGCCCCCACCAUGGAGCCUAUUUGUGGAUAGAUCGUCAGGAGAGACUGGUUCUAGAGCAGGAGUUAUUUUGGAAAGUCCAGAGGGCCAUAAGCUAAACUGCACAGUCAGAUUCGGUUUCAAAGCCUCAAACAAUGCUGUAGAAUAUGAGGCCCUCCUAGCGGGCCUUAGACUAGCGAAAGAAAUGCAAGUGACAAGGCUCCUAGCAAGUAGUGACUCGCAGCUUGUGGGAAGUCAGGUCAACGAAAAAUUUACAGUCAAAGACAGUGGCAUGACUGCAUAUCUAAAUUUUGUUAUGAACCUGGUCCCUCACUUCGAGAGAUUCGAACUAGUUCAAGUCCCAUGCCUCAAAAAUACAUACACCGACGCCCUGUCCAAGUUGGCUAGCAGCAGGGAUUCGGAGUUGCUAAAAAUUAUCCCAAUUGAGCGCCUGCCGAAGCCUUCCAUCUCUGGAGGCGAAGACGUACUAUGGAUUGAAGACACCCAACUUUGGAUGCAACCCAUCGAAGCCUACCUCAAAGUUCAAUCACUGCCAACCUCGAAAAGCGAGGCAAAGAAAUUGAGAAUGAGGGCUGCUCACUUUGUUCUCUAG